AUGGCGCCGAACCAAUGGAUGGUGACCGUCACCAUAGGCAGCAACCGCCUGGGAGUGGAUGCUGAUUGGAGUGAUGGCAAAACGCUGUACAUCAAGGCAAUCUUGGCUGGUGCAGUCAGCGAUUGGAACAAGGAGAAUCCGACUUUGGCUGUCCAGCCCGGAGACCGGGUCAUCUCCGUAAACGGGGUGAGCGGCGAUGCUCAAGCCAUGGUCAGGGAGAUCAAGGACAGGAGCCUGCUCCAGUUGCUCUUCCAGAAGGGUGGCGAGAAGGAUAAGCCGGAAGAGCCAGAGCCGGUGCCAGUUCCUGGCGUGGCACGUGCGGGGAUGCCUUUGUCCAUCCCUGGCAUGCCUCCCCGGACCGUGGACAUCCUCUUGGAGAUCCGGGCGAGGGCAGCCGAGAAGGCAGAGAAACUGAAAGGCACGGCAGCCAAACCUCCGCCGAAGCCCACCAACGAGCCGCCGAGCCACUAUGAGGUAUUGGGCAUUGAGCUCCGGGCUGACGAGACGGCCAUCAAGAAGAGCUACCGGAGAUUGGUCCUUCAGUGGCACCCGGACAAGCAUCCGACAGACCGGGAAGACGCAGAGGUCAAGAUCCGUCAGAUCAAUCUAGCGUAUGAGACGAUCAGCAACCCGCUCAAGCGUCAGAGUUACGAUCAGAUGCUUCAAGCGCUAGAAAGAAGACGCUUGAACAUCCGCCUCGAGAUGACGCAGUUCAUCAAGCCGAGGAUGAGCAUUCCAAAGGAAUUUAUGCUUUGUCCUCUAGGAUAUUCUGACAAGUUUGUGAGAAUCGUUGAUGAUCAGCUCCUCGUUCAGUCGAGAGAUGAAGCCAUCGGCGUGGCUUUCCAGGCAAUCCAGGGCCAAGCCGAGGAGUUCUUUCAGGCGGCCAAGUUCUCCCUUUGGUGGCUGCCGGAGGUGAACAACAUGUGCCGCCUGCGAGCACGAGAGAGCGCAGGCCAAGGCAUGGAAGGCGGCUUGAACGUCAGCUUCCAGUUUCAAGCAGGUCAAGAAGAAGACGAGAAUGCAGAAUCUGUUUGCGGACUGCUUGCCGACCAGGACAUGAAGAGGUGCAAUCUUAUAGUGGAGGCCUCGCCUUUCAGCCAGGGCGCCUUCCGUUUCGAAGGCGCCUUCUGGCCGGGUCGCUACAUGGCCUUCCGGUCCCCCAAGGAGAUGCGCAUGGCUGGCCAUGUGGACCAGGGCACUGAUGUGGUGGACUUUGUGCUGGUGGAUUUCUCUGCUGCAUACAAGUACAUGACCACCAGCGAGGUGCUAAAAGGCGCUGUGGAGAGCCAGGGCGGGGGCCAAGGAGGCUACGUGAAGCUCGGCGAUCUCAGGGCCGACCUCAGCGUGAGGCUCUACUUCCAGCAGAUGCUCGGCAGCUCCGUCUGGAACAACAAGGACUUCGAGACCUUCUUCGAGGGCCACUACGAGGAGUGGGACUAUGACGCCAAGAAGUCUCGAGUACGAAUGCGGCCUGAUGGGCCCCUACUGCGGCAAGCCCCAGCGCCCGCAUUUGGCAGUGCACUCGGCAACGGGGAGCGCUCCCCGGAGCCGGAGCUCAGCGGUCUGGCAGAGAAGCUCAGCAAUGCGCACAACCAGAUGGCAACCGUUAAGCUGCUCUUGGAUGCCAAUGGGGAUGAGCUAGCCCAGCUCACACCCAGCGCCGCAGUGGUUGCCUUGGGGCGCUUGGCCGAGAAGUCGGAGGCGCCUGAGAAACUGCGGGACCUGACCGCAGCUCGCAGACGCUUCCUAAUCACUUUGCCCGUCCUCCUGGGCGAAGGUGGCAAACGCGACAAGCGGCGAGAAGCCUCGCUGCAGAUGUCAACUUUGCUGACCAUGCAGAAGGAUGUGGCCGCCAUGGAGAAGGCAGAUGUCGAGAAAGAGCUUGUUUCCGCCUGCAAGGCGGCCGCGGAGAGCAUCUCGGAGCUCAUCGGCAGUCGGGUGCGGCAUGCGCCUGAAGAAGUCUCGCUAGGCAUGUUGCCGGACCUGCUGGAUUUGCCCCUGAACUGGAAGGUUGUGGCGGAGCCUCUGAGAGAGGCGCUGGCACCUUUGCUGAAGCACCAGAAGCCUGGCGUACUUUUGCAGCCGCUGCGGACUGCAGCGAGGCUUGCCAAGUCCGCACGGCCCAUCGUCGAAGCUUUGGCAGGUGUGGAGAUGCGAGGCAUUGCCUACGCUGAUGGGCAAGUCGCUGCAGAGAUACUGCUCGCGCUGGCAGAGAACAACUUGGAGGUCACCUCAGUGGCUUCCAAGCUCCGGCCACCCUUGCUGCAGCGACUUCCCCUGCCAGAUCUCGUCAGUAUCACUGCAGCGCUCGGUGAGCAAGGUCUCAAAGAUGAAUUGCUCAGACCACCACUUCAAGCCAGAGUCGCUGUGGCUGGCCCCGGGCUCGCAGUCGUUCCCCCGAAGCGGCUGCUGCGCCUUGCGGCCGCGUCAACACACUCAGCUUGCAUUGCGGAUUGCGCACUGGGGCCAGUGGCCGGUGCUGCAGCGCAAAGCUUAGAGAGCUGGACUGCGGAGGAUGUGGCCGAGCUUAUGCUGCUUGUGGCCACCUCCAACGCUUCAAAUAGCCUCGGUGCCAAGAGACUCUUCAGCCGUGUCACAGAGGUUCUGACGCCUCAGCUCUCCGCCCUCAGCACCAGCGUCAUCUUGAAGGUCGUUGUGGCUGCUGGCGCGGCCUCGGUGCACUGUCGAGACCUUUUGGAAGCCGCGGCGCUCAAAGCGGCGUCGAAAGGUGGCGAGAUGAAUCCUGAGCAGGUGAUGCUCCUCACGCAAGGGGUGCUACCUCUCGGGGCCAAACACCAGGUCGUCACGAGGCUUCUGAACUUUUGGGCGCAGAUACUGGCCGAGUGUGACAGCAAGGCACCAGUGUUGCCUGCUGACGACAUAGCUCAGCUCGCAAUGCUUCUUGCCAUGGUCGCUCCGGACCACACCGUGGUCUUCCACAACAUCGGCAAGCAGCUCCAGGAGGCAGGGGAGCAGCUCAGCGAGCAGGGCCUCGCCGCUUUGGAGGCGGCCUUCCCGGAGGGAGCUGGGCCCAGCUUCCCGGGCAAAGAGCAGCUGCUCGUCAAGGUGGCCGAGCUGAAAGCCAAAAAGGCCGAGUCGAAGAAAGCCGAGAAGGAGAAAGCCAAGCUGGUGCCAAGAAGAGAACGCUCUCGCAGCCGAUCGCGAACGCGGCGGAGAUGA